AUGAACAGAAAACCCAAGAGAGAAGGCAAGAAACCCAGGACAAGAAUGACAGGAGACCAAAUUAAAGCAUUGAUGGCCUGCUUCCAAGACAAUCCAUUUCCUUCUACAUCAACCAGGGAGGAACUGUCAAGAAUCCUAAGCAUAAGCCCAAGGACGGUGCAGAUAUGGUUUCAAAACCAAAGGCAAAGGAUAAAGAAUCAAAUGAGGAUGAUUAGUGAAGGGGAGGUAUUUGAAGAGAAUGUUCACAAAGAAUGCCCUGGUAAGUUAUGCAUCUUAGCACAUGUGGCAACCAGAAGAAUGGAAGAAAGACACGAACUGGAUCUUGAAUCUUAA